CUGGCAGGCGGGCGGCGGGCUGGCAGUGGCGCGGGGUCCCGGCUGCGCGACCGGCCGAGGGCCAUGGCCGCCUCUCGUGGCCUCGCCGGCGUUGGCGGCGCCGGAGCAGUUCAAGGCUCCGGCCCGUCGAGCUUCGCCUUCGACUCGGGACUCGAGAUCAAAACUCGCUCGGUGGAGCAGACGCUGCUCCCGCUGGUUUCUCAGAUCACCACACUUAUUAAUCAUAAAGAUAAUACCAAAAAGUCUGAUAAAACUCUGCAAGCAAUUCAGCGUGUAGGACAAGCCGUCAACUUGGCAGUUGGAAGAUUUGUUAAAGUAGGGGAAGCUAUAGCCAAUGAAAACCGGGAUUUGAAGGAAGAAAUUAAUAUUGCCUGUAUCGAAGCUAAACAAGCAGGAGAAACAAUUGCAGCACUUACAGAUGUAACCAACUUGAAUCAUCCAGAAUCUGAUGGCCAGAUCACAGUUUUUACAGACAAAACAGGAGUUAUAAAGGCUGCAAGAUUACUUCUUUCUUCAGUGACAAAGGUGUUAUUGCUGGCAGACCGAGUAGUUAUUAAACAGAUAAUAACAUCAAGAAAUAAGGUUCUUGCAACAAUGGAAAGACUAGAGAAAGUGAAUAGUUUUCAAGAGUUUGUCCAAAUAUUUAGUCAAUUUGGAAAUGAAAUGGUGGAGUUUGCACAUCUAACUGGAGACAGACAAAAUGAUUUGAAAGAUGAAAAGAAAAAGGCAAAAAUGGCAGCAGCUAGGGCAGUUCUUGAAAAGUGUACGAUGAUGCUUCUCACAGCUUCAAAGACAUGUCUCAGGCAUCCCCACUGCGAAUCAGCCCAUAAAAACAAAGAAGGAGUAUUUGACCGAAUGAAAGUGGCUUUGGAUAAGGUCAUUGAAAUUGUGACUGACUGUAAACCAAAUGGAGAGACUGACAUUUCAUCUAUCAGUAUUUUUACUGCAGUUAAGGAAUUCAAGAUGAAUCUUGAAGCUCUUCGGGAGAAUCUUUAUUUUCAGUCCAAAGAGAACCUUUCUGUGACAUUGGAAGCCAUCUUGGAGCGUACAGAGGACUUUACUGAUUCUGCCUACACCAGCCAUGAGCACAGGGAACGCAUCUUGGAGCUGUCAACUCAGGCGAGAAUGGAACUGCAGCAGUUAAUUUCUGUGUGGAUUCAAGCUCAAAGCAAGAAAACAAAAAGCAUUGCUGAAGAACUGGAGCUCACUAUUUUGAAAAUCAGUCACAGUCUCAAUGAACUUAAGAAAGAACUUCACAGUACAGCAACACAGCUGGCAGCAGAUCUAUUAAAAUACCAUGCUGAUCAUGUAGUUCUAAAAGCAUUAAAACUUACUGGAGUAGAAGGAAAUUUAGAAGCUUUGGCUGAAUAUGCCUGUAAACUCUCUGAACAGAAAGAGCAGCUUGUCGAGACCUGUCGAUUGUUGCGACAUGUAUCUGGGACAGAACCUCUUGAAAUAACCUGUAUACACGCAGAGGAGACAUUUCAGGUGACUGGCCAACAGAUAAUUUCUGCUGCUGAAACAUUGACACUGCAUCCAUCUAGUAAAAUUGCUAAAGAAAACUUAGAUGUAUUUUGUGAAGCUUGGGAAUCCCAAAUUAGUGACAUGUCAAUACUGCUAAGAGAAAUCAAUGACGUGUUUGAAGGAAGACGAGGAGAGAAGUAUGGCUACCUUUCACUGCCAAAGGCAAUGAAGAAUAACGCAAACCUGAAACCAUUAAAGCCAGACAAGCCUGACUCUGAGGAGCAAGCCAAGUUAGCAAAGCUUGGACUUAAGCUAGGUUUGCUCACCUCUGAUGCCGACUGUGAAAUUCAGAAGUGGGAGGAUCAGGAGAAUGAGAUUGUUAGAUAUGGACGGAAUAUGUCCAGUGUGGCCUAUUCUCUAUAUUUAUUUACUAGAGGAGAGGGGCCACUGAAAACUUCCCAGGAUUUAAUUAAUCAACUAGAGGUUUUUGCUGCAGAGGGUUUAAAGCUUACUUCAAGUGUACAAGCUUUUUCAAAACAGCUGAAAGACGAUGACAAGCUUAUGCUUCUCCUGGAAAUAAACAAGCUAAUUCCUCUAUGCCACCAGCUCCAGACAAUAACUAAAACAUCUUUACAGAGUAAAGUGUUUCUAAAGGUUGACAAGUGUAUUACAAAGGCAAGAUCAAUGAUGGCUCUCUUGGUCCAACUUCUUUCACUUUGUUAUAGACUGCUGAAAAAGCUUCAGAUGGAAAAUAACAGAUGGGUCUCAGUUACAGAUAAAGAUACUGUGGAUGGUAAAUCUUGAGAAGCUUUUGGGGUCAGAUCUCUGGAACAUCAUGUGGCGACACUGACAUUUUAAAAAAGCAAAUGAUCCUUUAUAUUUUCAGAAAUUCAACAAUUUUGUAAAGAAAACAAUACGGAAAUCUUGCUUUAUUUUCUGAUCAUGAAACCAAUUGUGAAGCUUUUUGACAACUAAUAAAUGCCAUGGUAGUUUCUAGAAUUCUCACUGCAGUGCGAUUUAAAAAUAGAACAUGCACUUAUAAUGUUAUUUAAAAGUCAAACCAAAUAUCCCUACUGUCUUAAUGACAAUUUAAUCCAAAGAAGCAAUUUUGAAUAUGUUCUCACCUUUGGCAUAUUUUAACUUUUUGCUUUUGUUGUUUAAGCUUAUCAUCCAGAAGACUAAUUUCAGCAAAAAAACCCCAGUAGUAUGGGUGAGUGCAAGGUUUUCCUUAAACCUGUGGAUUCUUCAAUCCCUUUCCACCAAGUGUGACAGGAGCCCCUGUGAUGCAUCCUCUGUCAUAGAUCAUGCAUGCUAGUACCAAGUGUUGGUUCUUUAACAGGCAUUUUAACACAGGAAGGGUUAUCUGUUGUUAUGCAUCUCCCUCCCCUCAUCCCAAAAUCAGGGUAAUGGGACUCACUCCACAGAAUCCUGCAGCAAUUCCCAGAGGACAGGAGGUGACUGUCUUUUGGUUCUAGUUCUAGCAUAGUUGGCCAGUCUGCCCUGACUAUUAGCUGGACUCCUAAGCCUAUCUUACUAACUUAAAAAAUAGUUUUCAAGCUGGCUGGUUAACUCAGUUGGUUAGAGUGUGGUGCUAGUAACACCAAGGUCCAGAGGUCAAUCCUUGUACCGGCUAGCCACAAAUAAAAACAAAAACAAAAACGUUUUGAACUAUCCUUCUCAGUAUUGAUUGAUGGAAUGGAUUAAAAAAAAAAAAAAAAAAAAAAGAGAGAACGAUGGAAACAAGAAGUUGUUUAAAUUCUGAAUAAUCAUACAUUUUAUAUAUGUGCCU